GCCGCGGCGGAGUCUUCUUAGCAGCUGCCCGUCUCUCACCCACAAUCCUCACCAUUCGACCUCACAAGCAUCGGCGGAUAGGAAGAGAGAGAGAGAGAGAGAGAGAGAGAUGAAGGCGACGGUGAAGGGCCGAUACGAGGUGAACAAGAGCGCCACCGCCGUCGCUACCCUCACCAACAAUGCCGGCGACGUCCGCCUCAAGGCCUCCAUGACGGACGCCACCUUCGUUCGCGGCCCCUCACUCAACGGCCUUGCCCUCUCCCUCGAGAAGCCUGGCGCCUUCAUCCUCGACUACUACCUCCCCACCAAGGAUGUUCGGUUCCAGUUCAUGAAUUCGGUGCGUUUGAUGGAGAAGACGGUGAACUUGACCUACACCCACGCUUGGGGCGACAACCGCACGGCCCUCGAUGGCUCCGUCGCCUUCGAUCCCUCCAACAAGGUCUCCGUCAACUACGCCUUCGGCACGCCUGGCGCCUGCAAGGUGAAGUACGUGUACGCGCACGGGGAGCUGCGACAGACGGUCCUGGAGCCCUGCUACGACGUGUUCAACAACACCUGGGACUUCGUCCUCACCAGGAACUUGGACGGUGGUGACUCCCUCAAGGCUACCUACCACACCACAACUAAGAACCUCGGCCUCGAGUGGAGCAGGGACUCCAAGGUCAAUGGCUGCUUCAAGAUAUCUGCAACUGUCAAUUUAGCAGAGCAACAGAAGGCUCCAAAGUUGAUUGCUGAGAGUACAUGGAAUUACGAGGUGUGAUAUGAUUUAUAUGCUUUGAGGAAAUUUGGAUCAGACAAUUAUUUUUGUCCAUUUUGUUCCUUUUCUUCUUCGAUUACCGAUUCAUAUUUUAUACUCUGAUUAUGCCAUAAUUAGACCAAAAUGUUGAUUACUGUAAGUAUCAAAGUCCCUUUGUACGGCAGAGAUAUUUCUUUUUAAUCCUCUAGAUUUAUAUAUUUGGUAAUUGCAAUGAA